UAUCGGACAAUCUCGGCAGGUAAUCACCCUGCCGAUCUCACUCGCGACAGCCUCGCACGCUUGAAACCUGCGCUGUGAGUUGUCGUCAGGUAGGGUCAGAUUGGCCUGUUAGCAUGAUGAUCCUAAGCUCUCGGUCACCUCACAUUGUCGACAGCUACGAGGUGACGGAGAAGAAAGAUGGGCUGCGAGUGCUCCUUCUGCGUCUGUCGCGUGGGGAAGGGGAUCAUCUCGUGACUCGUUGGCUUUUGAACGACAGGAAGAAUGAAUUGUUCGAGCUCACCGCAGAAAAUCGGAGCUCUUCACAAAGCAAGUCAUCUGACGGAACAAAUGGCAACGAGAGAAAUCCAUUCAGCAGAGCCCCGUGGAAUGUCAUUGAUAUUCUCGACGGGGAACUCUGUUGGACGUCAAAGACCGAGACUGGAACGGAACUGGAAGCUGCCUUUGCCCCAGAGGUGCGCAGGGCCAUCCACGUAUUUGACUGUUUGAUGAUCAACGCUAGGGCGACGACUCCUCUUCCUUUUCUUGAGCGACGCAAGGUGAGAGCUGCUUCGUGCAUGCCCGUAUCAAACCUCUAAUUUGGGCCUUCAGCUCCUUUGUGAACGAUUUGAAGCUUUGUCGACGUGCGAUCACUGGAGAGCAAACUCAGUGUUGCUUUUGAAGCCGACGUUUCCUCUUG